AAGAGUUGGUUGAGUUGGGCGCCAGAGCUCCGCGUGGUCAGUUGGACAAUCGGUUUGACGGUAACGAGAAAGAGGAAGGAUCUGCGAGCCAGGAUAUAAAGAACAAUGGCACUCUUCCGUUUCAGUUCCAAACGCUGUUUAGAAGUCCAGAAAUUAGCUUCGCCAGUGUUCUUGAGAUCGUUGUCCGACGCCUCGACCGAUCUGAGGAAGGUCCUUACCGAGAAGAUCCCGAAGGAACAGGAACGCGUGAAGAAUUUUCGUAAGCAGCAUGGAGCCACGAAAGUCGGCGAGGUCACCGUGGACAUGAUGUACGGUGGCAUGCGUGGAAUCAAAGGUCUGGUAUGGGAACCAUCCGUGUUGGACCCGGAGGAAGGUAUCCGAUUCCGUGGCAAGUCGAUUCCGGAAUGUCAGAAACUUUUGCCGAAGGCUGCCGGUGGCGCGGAACCACUCCCGGAAGGUCUUUUCUGGCUUCUGAUCACCGGUGACGUUCCCACCGAAGCGCAGGCGAAAGCGCUUUCGAAGGAAUGGGCGUCGAGAAGCGCCCUGCCCGACCACGUGGUGAAAGCUUUGAACAGUUUCCCGAAGUCGCUCCACCCAAUGUCCCAAUUCUCGGCCGCGAUAACGCUCCUGAACAGCGAGAGCGAAUUCGUGAAGGCCUACACGAAGGGCGUGCACAAGACCAAGUACUGGGAAACCGUUUACGAGGAUUCGAUGAAUCUGAUCGCCAAACUUCCGGUCGUGGCAGCCACGAUAUACAGAAAUCUUUACAAAGGCGGCAAGGGCCUAGGAUCCGUGGACGCUGGCAAGGAUUGGUCGUGGAACUUCGCGAACAUGCUCGGCUACGACAACAAGGAGUUCAUCGAGCUGAUGCGCUUGUACUUGACCAUCCACUCUGACCACGAGGGUGGAAAUGUAUCCGCACACACGACUCACUUGGUGGGCUCGGCGCUGUCCGAUCCGUACCUGUCCUUCGCGGCCGGUAUGAACGGUUUGGCCGGACCACUUCAUGGUCUCGCGAACCAAGAAGUAUUAGUAUGGCUGGAGAAACUGCGCUCUCAAGUCGGAGACAGCCCCAGCGACGAGAAGCUUAAAGACUUCAUCUGGAACACUCUGAAGAGCGGACAAGUCGUUCCUGGAUAUGGUCAUGCUGUGCUCAGGAAGACUGACCCUAGGUACACUUGCCAGAGAGAAUUCGCUUUGAAACAUUUGCCGGACGAUAAAUUGUUCAAGCUGGUCAGUCAAGUAUACAAGAUAGUUCCUCCGGUACUCUUGGAGACCGGCAAGGUGAAGAACCCAUGGCCGAAUGUAGAUGCUCACUCCGGUGUACUGUUGCAAUAUUACGGAAUGAAGGAAAUGAAUUACUACACCGUACUGUUUGGAGUGUCCCGUGCUCUCGGUGUCCUGGCAUCUCUCGUUUGGGACCGCGCGCUUGGUCUGCCAAUCGAGAGGCCCAAAUCUCUUAGCACUGAUCUCCUCAUGAAGGCCUGCAAGGCUUAAGCGCGUCGUCUUUGUUUAUACGAGAGAGAGAAAAAAAAAUGGAAACGGUAUCAGAAUCAUUGAAAACUCGAAGUUCGUGUCACACCAUCAUCAUAAUUUCUAGGAACAAGGAACUGACUGCUUUGAAUUAUGUUACGAAUGUUGUCGAUACACGGAAAAAGUGUAAGUCUCGAACUCAUUUCGAAUUCAUUUUGAUAUGACUUCAACGAAGUCGUUUUAAUUGCCAAGUGUUGUUAAAAUGAUACAAGGCCAGGUAUUAGAAACAAUGAUUAAUCAUCUAACGUAAUGAUGUAUUGUUCAAACGUAGAUAUUCUAAAAUGAAACAUCGUGGUGUAUUUAUAUUGUAAAAACUAUGACCGAUUAUAUCGUUGCUUCCUAAUAAUAAUGGAAAUAAAUGCGGUGAAGUUUUUACAUUAUAAAACCGUAUAUAUAAAAUAUAGAUUGGUCGAGUAUACAUAGUUUAAACUGCCAAAUCGAUCGCGAGAACAUAAUACCACGCGUUUUUAAUAGUAGACACGGUUCAUUGUAAAUAUAUUUGUCGCUUUACGUUUAACUUAAAUAGUAACGACUUUAGAAGUAACACCACGAUACAGAUCAUUGUAAUAACAAUUAGAGCGAACAUACGAAAAUAAUGGAUACAAAAGUUAGCGGAGUGCAUAGUUAACAUUUUGCAGACACUGUAAUUUAACAGACACUGCCAAAAGGGUAUCAGAAUUUUCUAGGAUGUAUAAUCCAAUUGCAAUAAGCAUCUUUACUUUUAUUACCGUAGCGUGGAAGCAUUACGUAGGAAGUUUGUCUUUUCGCAGAGAAAGAUUGCAAAGAACUGCUCUUAGCGAAAUACACCUUUAUGCAAUAUAAAACGAAUUAUAUAAUAGGGCUAAUGGGAUAUCGUAAACGGUGUUGCAAUGUUAAUGCACCAGUUAUUGGUUAGAAAUUUUGUUCAAUACAUAAAAGGUAUGCGAUUCAAUCGCAUAGAGUCAUUACAAUUUACAUAAAUUAAAAAUACGAUGACCAGUGGUAGAUCCACUGUUAAGAGAAUGAGUGAGUGUGUGCGAUACUUUAUUUAUAACGAACGUGAAAAUAAAUAGAUAUUUGAGAA